AAAAAAAAUAAGAAAAAAAGGAAAAAAAAAAGAAAAGAAAAAAAAGGUGUUUCCUAUAUGGUGGAGUCCAACAUUACCGUUCACAGAAAUAACUCGAUCGUAAUGGAGCUUGGGUAACCCUCAACAGCGGAAUACCUUGUCCUCGUCCUCUUCUCGUUUCUCUUCCUUUUUCUCGUCCUUGUCGUUCGUCCUCUUCCUCGUCUCAUCCUUUCUCUUCCUUUCCCCAUCCUCGUCUCCUUCUUUCUCCUCUUUCUUCUCCUCGUCCUCGUCUCUCUUCUCGUUCUCCUUUCUAUACCUUGUCCUUGUCACUUUCUCUUCCUCCUCCCACUUACCUCUCCUCGAACUAUAUAGUCACUUUCUCUCUCUCCUUUCCUCCUCCUUUCGUUUCGUACUCCUCGUCCUCGUCUCUCUCCUUCUCGUCCUCGUCCUCCCUCCUCUCCUUCUCGUCCUCGUUUAGCUCUUCAUAAUCCUUCCUCUUCCUUCUCCUUGUCCUCGUCACUUUACUCUCCUUCUCGUCCUUUUCCUCGUCCUCGUUCUUGUCUCUCUUCUCAUCUUCGUCUCUCUCUUCCUUUCUCCUCCUCCUCCUCCUCCUCCCCUUGUCCUCGUUUCGUUUCGCCAUGGAAAUCAACGAGUAUGCGGAGUCCGGAUUCUACACCAGAAAGGAAAGGUCGGCUGGGUCCCUGUGCUGCAGCUUUCUUUGCAGUCACGUGGGCCUCUUCUUCCUGGUGGCCGUGUAUGCUAUAGCUGGGGCGUACGCAUUCAUCGCCAUCGAGAGGCCCAACGAGGAGACUCUGAUAGCAAAGAAGCAGCAGAGGGCCAUAGAGGUGAACCAGGCCAUGAACUACGUCGGGGACCUCUUCUGGUACUACCAACAAGACAAGACGUGGACCAACGAAGACUACGCCGAGCAAGUGACCCUUGACUUGAACCGGCUGGAGCGCUUCGUCAUCUCCAGCGUGGCCGACUACCAUUAUGACGGGACGGUGAACGGCUGGGUGGACGCCUGGACGUUCCCCAAGUCCCUCCUCCUCACCAUGACCAUUAUGUCUACUAUUGGGUACGGCCACAUUUACCCGGUGACGGACGAGGGCAAGGUAUUCUGCAUCCUCUACUCCUUGGUCGGCUGUCCGCUCCUCCUCAUCUUUCUCGGAGGGCUCGGAAACUCCAUCGCUGACACCUUCAUCUUCAUAUACAGUCGCAUCUGCUGCCGCUGGUGCCGCUCACGGAGGAAUGAGGAGGAGCUGCCGCCGGACGCCAGCAAGAAGCAGCGGAAACUUCUUGUGGAUGAUGAAGUUGGGAAAGAGGAAUACAUGCCAACGGAGUCUCUGUACGUGCCAAUCAUCAUCAACUUGACGCUGCUGGAAAUGUAUAUCAUGCUGGGUGCCGUGCUCUUCAGCUACUGGGAGGGAUGGGACCUCACCUCCUCCAGUUACUUCACCUUCAUCACCCUCUCCACUGUUGGCUACGGUGACAUGGUGCCCGGCAACGCCAUCCUCGUCAGUGAUGAUGAUGGGAGUGGCACCAUCACCAUGUUCAUCUGCAUCUUCUACAUAGUCCUUGGCAUGGCACUGCUGUCCACCUGCAUCAACCUCAUGCAGGAGCAGCUACUUGACAAGUGUCACUGGUUGGCAAGGGAGGUUGGGAUUAGCAAUUCUGAGGACAAAAGAAAAAAUACCAGAAAAGGAAAGAAAAAUAACAAACCUCCAAAAGGGAAAAAGCAACCACCACCAAGUCCAAUUCCAGAGGACGUAGAGCAGGGCCCUCCAACUCCUCCUGCUCCCCGUGACAAGUCCCCUUCUGCUGGGAAGUUGAGGUCCAGAAGCAACUCACCAGUCAAAUCCAACACUCUGGCACCGCCCCAGAACCCCAACCUUCCUGAAUCACGCGCCCCCUCUCCCUUUGUUCCCUCUAACUGCUCCACUCCUAUACCCGGCAGCCUUGAUGAUGCUGACUAAGGCCGAGGCUCAGUGAUCCUCAACUUGACCAGAAACAAAGUUUGGCCGUCAUUCAGAAACAUGCAGAGCUUCUUUCAGGGACCUUCAGUCUCUUGACAACGACCACAGAAUUCAGAAACCUCGCAGCCCUAAAGUCUCUGAAGAAUGAGUCUUUCUAUAUUGUUACUUUUUUUAAAAACAAUGAAAACUUUGUUGUUUCUGAUAAUUGAGUAGUUUUGCAAAGUAAUCAUAUUUAGAUAUGCAAAGUUUGAGAUUGAUGGUACAUCAAGAUGAACGAUAAAAUGUUAAUGAAAACAUGGAUGACUAGCAGUACAUAUAUGGGAAUUCACUAGUUUUCCUCAUACUUGAAAUGUAGUACAAAGCACAUAAAAAAUUAGCUUGUUAGA